CGCCGCCACCUAUUCUCGAACAUCACCAUCUCUGUUGGUCGCGGUAUCGGACGGUUCGGUGACCUCUUCCACUCUCCGCACGCGACCAUCACGCCCUUCGUCAAGUCACUAUCCCUCAUCGCAGAGGGAGCACAAUGCAGCACAAACGGAGAGCAGUCGGAAUUCCUCAUCCAACUGCUCUCCAAGCUGAGGGUCGUACCGUUCCGUACCUUUUCACUUAAAUUCAAAGAACAGGGUGGAUACGUGCUAAGGAAAGAUCCUCUCUCUGCGCAAGCGCGUGGCUUUGUGUCGUCCUAUCGCACUGUGGUGAACCUCCGCCUCCAUUGCGAGUUCAGCACGAUUACAGACCUGGUUGAGCUGAUCUGUUCACUUCCCUUGUUGGAGGUCGCAGAUCUCUCUGUGCAAAUUCAUGAGUCGCACGGUGAUCCCCAACAUCGCCCACCGUCGACACUGCGAAAGGUGAUACUUUGGAAGCGGUUCCAGCCAAUUCUGGAUUGGAUUUCAGACAUCACCCCUGAUCAUUCGAUCUCUGAUAUUGUUCUCAAUUACGAUCCCCACUCUCAAGAUCCCAAGAGGAUCUCCCAAUUUUUGCCGUCCCAGGGGAACAAAUUGACCAACUUGACGUUGACAUCGUCGUGGAAAUCCAAACCCUACGCCCGAGCUUCGUCUAUAAACAUUUCUUCCAAUGGUGGCCUCAGUCGGCUAGAGCUCCAUUAUUUAUCACCUGAUGAUGUGGAGGGUAUCCUCAACAGCGUAUCCACCUCAUCGCCGGUGGAAAUCGCAAUCACUUUUGGUUCUUUCCUUGGUUUUAUGAUUGGCGACUUGAUCAACAAAUUGGAUUCAAUAUUCUCCGAGCCACGUCAUGAUCGCUUAAAAAGCCUUGCGUUUGAGACCCGGGACAUCAGUGGAACUGAUCCGGACCCGGAUAAUUUUCAGUUCCCUAUCACUCUAACAACCUACAACCAAUGGCCGUCUAAAAUCGCCCCCUAUAGCAACCAUUCCGAAUUUCCUGCGGAAAUUGUUGAUCUCUUUCUUGAUGACUGUCAGCAGGAUGCCGCCACCCUCAUCUCGAGCAGCCUCGUCAGACGGUUCGGUGACCUCUUCCACUCUCCGCACGCGACCAUCACGCCCUUGGUCAAGUCACUAUCCCUCAUCGCAGCGGGAGCACAAUGUAGCACAGACGGAGAGCAGAGAUCCCUCAUCCAACUGCUCUCCAAGCUGAGGGUCGUACCUUUCCGUACCUUUUCACUUAAAUUCGAAGGACGGGAUGGAUACGUGCUAAGGAAAAAUCCUCUCUCUGCGCAAGCGCGUGGCUUCAUGUCGUCCUAUCGCACUGUGGUAAACCUCUGCCUCCAUUGCGAGUUCAGAACGAUUACAGACCUGGUUGAGCUGAUCUGUUCACUUCCCUUGUUGGAGGUUGGAGAUCUCUCUGUGCAAAUUCACGAGUCGUACGGUGAUCCCCAGCAUCGCCCACCGUCGACACUGCGAAAGGUGAUACUUUGGAGACGGUUCCAGCCAAUUUUGGAUUGGAUCUCAGACAUCACCCCUGAUCAUUCGAUCUCUGAUAUUAUUCUCAACUACGAUCCCGACUUUCAAAAUUCUGGAAGAAUCUCCCAAUUUUUGGCUUCCCAGGGGAACAAAUUGACCCACUUGACGUUAGAAUUGUCGCGGGAAUUCAAACGCUACUACUUCCCAGCUUCGUUUAUAAAUAUUUCUUCCAAUGGUGGCCUCGGUCGCCUAGAGCUCCAUAAUUUAUCACCGGAUGAUGUGGAGAGUAUCCUCAACAGCGUAUCCACCUCAUCGCCGGUGGAAAUCGCGAUAACUUUUGGUUUAUUCCCUGAUUAUAUCAUUCGCGACUUGACCAACAAAUUCGAUUCAAUAUUUUCUGAACCACGUUAUGAUCACUUGAGGAGCCUUGCGGUCAGCUUCUCCGGAAGGGACUUGGACCCCGAGAAUACCUUUCCACAUUGCUGGAGCCGUGGUAUUCUCACAGGAUUCACUGCACCACCCGAAAUUCGAGAUUAG